AUGAUUUCGACUGGUAUACCUUCUCCAUAUCUUCAUUAUAUCGAGGAUAUCAAGCUCCAUUUCGCGGCGCUCUUCUCUGAGAAGCCGGACGCGGUGCCCAUCAUUCUCAUUCACGGUUGGCCUGGCAGCUACAUGGAAUUCCUCCCGAUGCUCCAGUUAUUUAGUGAGGAAUUCACCCCCAGCACCCUGCCAUACCAUCUUAUUGUGCCGUCUCUACCCGGCUAUGCCUUCUCUUCGGGCCCGCCUCUGGACAGGAACUUCAUGAACCGAGACUCUGCCCGGAUCCUGGAUACGUUGAUGCAAGGCCUUGGCUUUGGCGGGGGGUACAUUGCGCAGGGCGGCGAUAUUGGUGCCAUGGUGUCCCGUCAAUUGGCCGUUGAUUACGAUGGUUGCAAAGCUGCCCACUUGAUACCAACAAAGGCAGUGAACCUUUGCAUUCUGCGCAAUCAUCCAGAAGGAGCCACAGAAAUGACGCUCACAGCCCAGGAAAAGAGGGGCAUAGAGCGAUGGGACAACUUUCUCACUUUCGGCAGAGCCUAUGCCGACGAGCACGGGACCAGACCCAGCACCAUUGGGCACGUUCUCUCCAGCAGCCCGAUUGCCUUGCUUGCCUGGAUCGGAGAAAAGUAUCUAGAGUGGGUGGAUGAUGCCCUUCCAUCCGAGACGAUUCUCGAGCUUGUCUCGCUGUAUUGGUUUACCGAAUCGUUCCCUCGGGCUAUUUACCCCUAUCGCGAGCACUUCAUGGCCCCAAAGGACGCGGGAACACUGCACGACCGUUGGUAUAUCCAGAAACCCUUCGGAUUCUCUUACUUCCCCAAGGAGAUCGCGGCGAUUCCCAGGGCCUGGGUGAGCACCACAGGGAACCUCACCUUUUGGAGAGAACACGAUAAGGGCGGACAUUUCGCGGCGCUUGAGAGGCCCCACGACCUGAAAGCUGAUUUGACUGCGUUUGUUGAGCAAGUCUGGCCGGGCGUUGCAUCUAAGUAG